AUGUUUGCGCAGGACCGUCCGUCAAUGUGGCUCUACAAGCUUCCUUUAACGCUGGACCGUAUCUCUUGGAGCUUCUUCUAUCGAGCAGGAGCUAACAGUGUUCAUACCUCAAUUAGAGAGACUGCCGCAGGAGAAAACUCGACUGCCUAUUUCCCGCUUCUGGACCGUAUUUCCGAAGGUGUCUUCGAGGAUGCAGUAACGGAGAAACAGCUUUACGAUCGGUUCUUGAAGGUCGUGCGCGAAGAUGGACAUCUGGCGGACGAGGAAAGUCUUUCCUCUUUCAAGUUCGCUCUCGCGAUUCGAUCAGCGGCGCCGAGGAUUGAGGCACAUUACCAGUACUAUAAUACUUCCGUGCAGUACUCGCUGGGGACGGCUCAAGAUGCUGCUUGUCAAGUGUGGGUGCACAUGGAUGGGAAGCAGUAUUGUUCCUCGGCCUUGGAGCGAGCUCAGCAGGACGUCGCGGGGGAACUCAAUCCCCGAGAGUUGCCCUUUGAUCGGACCUUUGGAGACCUAUCCGCACCGCCGGCCGUUCUUUACGCUGACGUUGCUUCCCCCGUCUUCGGUGAAUUCCACCAGAAGCUGAGUGCUUUGGCAAAGGAAGGCCAGGUUUCGUAUCGCGUCCGAUACAGGCCCCCUCAGCACGAAGACCCCCGGCCCGUGUUUGUGACUGGUUACGGUGUCGAGCUGGCUCUGAAACGUACAGACUAUAUUGUGAUUGAUGACCGUCAGGCCGAAGCGAAGGACGAAAAAGAUCCUAAGCGGACAAAAGUUACAACACCGGACACAGAUGACUUGGAAGAUGACUCUCCAGCGGAUUUGAAGCCUUUAUCAUCCUCGGAGGUAGACAGAUUGGGAUUGAACUCUGCUAGUUUCGUCAUGGACAGUGCUGAGCCCUUCGACACUCUCCUGAAACUGACCCGGGAUUUCCCAAAGUAUUCCUCGUCCAUCGCUGAUUACAAUGCGACGGACAAGUUUUUGAAAGAAUACCAUGGGAACCGCGCAGCUGGGUUUCCCGCAGGCCGUAAAAUCUUUUGGAUAAAUGGCAUUCAGAUCGACCCCAGGCAGAUCGAUGCAUACUCGUUGCUGGAGCAUCUUCGGCGCGAGAGAAAGCUGAUAGCCGACUUCAAGAAGCUGGGAUUAUCUGCCUCAGAGGCAGUGGACCUCCUUUCUCAUCGUGCUCUGGCAGAAGUGCAGGCAAACAACGAACCACAACGCUAUGAUUGGCGUGACGAUAUUGAAGGUGGAGUCGUCAUCAUCUGGAUGAAUAAUCUCGAGAAGGAUAAGAGAUAUGAAGAUUGGCCCACUAGUAUCAUGGCGCUCCUACAACGCACAUUCCCUGGUCAGCUUCCAAGCGUUCGGCGAGAUAUCUUUAACGUCAUCGUCCCCAUUGAUCUAGCCAGUGAGGCCGACGUUCUCUUGCUUGUCAACUACAUCCAGACAUUCAUUAAGCGAGGGGUCCCUGUGAGGUUUGGAUUGGUGCCUAUUGUUCACUCCCACGAUUCUACUUCUCAGGCCAAGGUCGCUCAUCACCUGCAUGAAACCUAUGGACUAGCAACCCUCCUGAAAUACUUUGAGGAGGCUUUGUCUAAGAAGAAGAUCGCAUCAGCGGACAAGUCAGCCUUUCAAGCUGCGGUGGCAGAUCGGCCAGUCCGAUCCGGUCGACAGUCUCUGACAUUUGAAGAAGUCUUGCAAUCCAAAGAGCUUGACGAUGUCGUUCUGCGGACUGCCAAGUACCUCAAACGGCUAGACAUGGAAGGGCCAUCCCCGCCUUCUUUGGUCAAUGGUGUUGUUUUGACUCGUAAUGAAAACUGGUUACAGGAGAUGCCUAUGCGACUUAAUAGGGACCUACAACUUCUUCAGCAGGGUGUCCUGGAAGAGGUCUUCCAAGAAGACACUUGGCUGCCAAGCUACUUCCUGUUUCAAGCUGCUGAAAGCCGAAAUGAAUGGAUAAUACCCGAGGAUGCGAGCAAUGUUCGGAUAGUGGACCUUCCUCAAGUCGCUGAUUCUCGCCAAGACGUUAUGAAUAAUCUUCUACGUGUCGCCUCAGGUGAAGGCCAUGCCACGAACAACGUUCACCUUGUCGUCAUUGGAGACUUCAAUACCGAGCGUGGCCUCGAGCUGCUUACCACUGCCCUUAAACUGCAUCAAUCUCAUGGCGAGGUCGAAGUUAUUCCCCUUCACAAUCCAGACGUCGAAAAACCUUCCUCUGGCAUUUCAUCUCUGCUCUACCAGGUCCUUACGAGGGCAGAUAGGACCGAUAUCUCUGAGUUGCUGACUGAGAUCGAAUCGUUAAAGUCUUCGGAGUCGACUGCUGAAGAACCUGCAUACUGGACAGAGGCCAAGCCAAUAGUUGAAGAUUUUGGCUUCGUUCCUGGUAGUCGUGGUGUUGUUCUGAAUGGAAGGGCAGUCGGGCCUCUGCCGUCUAAUGUCAGCCUUUCUGAGAAAGACUUCGAGCAGCUCUUGUCUUACGAGCGGUCGAAGCGACUUGAGCCCGUCUCAGAGGCCCUCAAAGCUCUCAAACUGGAAUCGAAGAUUCCAGACACCCUAAGUUUUGCUAAGUUGACAUCCCUUGUUGCUUUGUCCACAAUCCCAGACGUCCCUGAAGGUCUCUUUGAGUCAACCUCGAAGCUGCGUCAGAAUAUUUUCAAGAAUUGGAAUGACACUCACUCCGCCAUAACCGUUUCUAAUUCUGACGAUCCCACGAUCAGUAUUGUUGCAACUGUUGACCCUACAGCGGAGUUGUCACAGAGAUGGGUUCCGAUCCUCAAAACUCUCUCGAAGCUAGCCGGGGUCAAUGUCAAGAUCUUCCUCAGCCCGCGAGAUCACAUCCAAGAGCUCCCAAUAAAGCGGUUUUAUCGCCAUGUCCUGGAACCUGAACCAUCCUUUGAUGAGGAGGGCUCUCUCAUUCGCCCCGGGGCAUCUUUCUCUGGGCUCCCUAAGGAAGCACUCUUUACCUUAGGCAUGGAUGUUCCUUCCUCCUGGCUCGUUGCACCUAAAGAAUCGAUCCAUGACCUGGACAACAUCAAGUUGAGUUCGCUAAAGGAAGGCACAAAUAUCGAUGCCAUUUACGCUCUUGAACAUAUCCUGAUCGAGGGCCACUCUCGGGAUACGACGACCAACUCGCCACCCAGAGGCGUCCAACUACUUCUUGGAACCGACAAAGACCCCCAUUUUGCUGACACGAUCAUCAUGGCUAACUUGGGCUACUUCCAAUUCAAGGCCCAGCCGGGCUUCUGGAAGAUCGAACUCAAACCAGGACGCAGCCAACGCAUUUUCAACCUCGACAGUGUCGGUGGCAUGGGGUAUAUUCCACAACCAGGCGACGAGAACAAUGAAGUUGCAUUGCUGUCCUUCCAGGGAAAGACUCUCUUCCCUCGACUCUCCCGAAAGCCGGGUCACGAAAACGAAGACGUGUUGGAGACGGGCGCAAAGCCAGGUUCGGCCAUGGACUAUGUCUCUAAGGGAUUGAAUUUCGCAUCCGGCAUACUCUCCAACGUGGGAAUCGGUCCGAAGAGUGGGACUGCUGAAAAACACGCGGACAUCAAUAUCUUUUCCGUCGCCAGCGGCCACCUUUACGAACGAAUGCUGAAUAUCAUGAUGGUGUCUGUCAUGAAGCAUACUAAGCAUACCGUGAAAUUCUGGUUCAUUGAGCAGUUUUUGUCACCAUCGUUUAAGUCUUUCUUGCCACAUCUGGCAAAAGAAUACGGAUUCUCGUACGAAAUGGUCACCUACAAGUGGCCACAUUGGUUGCGAGGUCAGAAAGAGAAGCAGCGUGAGAUUUGGGGUUACAAGAUCCUAUUCCUGGACGUGCUCUUCCCAUUAUCGCUUGACAAGGUGAUCUUCGUCGACGCCGACCAGAUUGUCCGCACGGACAUGUACGAUCUGGUGAGCCUG